UUUUCCCAUUACCCCGCCGGCCCCAUAUCGUCUACCCCGCAAAAAUUAAGUAAUGUAUUUAUGGCCGGGUGUUGAGAUAAAUUGGCGGGAUUGUAACAGUCUUGCUUCAGCAUUCUUUCCCUCUCUCACCCUCUACCUCGUUUUUGCAUUUCUUAAUUUUUACAAUAAUGGCUCCUAUGGCUUCCUCUGGUAUCGUUGCGCACCACACCAUUCUCCAAGCGCCGGUAGUCGCACCUAUAUUACAAGACCCUACGGUUUCUCAGCUAUUCACGCUGGGCGGCCGAACGGCUGUUGUUACUGGUGCCGCUCGCGGCCUCGGAAUAACUAUUGCUGCAGCCCUGUUAGAAGCAGGUGCUCAUGUUUACUGUCUCGACAUUCUACCGGAACCGUCUCCGAAGGAAUGGGCCGCUCUCGUCGUAAAGUCCAAAGAACAUAACCUAACCGUCAACUAUCGCCAAGUCGACGUCACGAAAUCUGACAUGGUCAAGUCAGUUUUCGAAUCUAUAGCCGCAGAGGCUCCUUGUCCCGUCCGUGUGUUGGUCGCCGCUGCUGGAGUUCAACAGGAGUGCCCCGCGAUUGACUUCAAGACCGAGGACAUGCGACGAAUAAUGGACAUCAAUGUUGUCGGCACGUUCAACACCGCCCAAGCGGCUGCCAUCACCAUGUUCAAGCAUGGCCUCGGUGGAUCCAUCGUGAUGAUCGCAUCUAUGAGUGGCACCGUGGCCAACAAGGGGCUGUUCUGUACUCCAUACAACUCGUCUAAGGCGGCCGUCUUGCAGAUGUGCCGUUCAUUAUCCAUGGAAUGGGCUGGGCAUGGAGUUCGUGUCAACACGAUAAGCCCCGGAUACAUCAAGACGGCAAUGACGGAGAUGAGCUUGGCAGCAAAGCCAGAGCUAGGGAAGCAGUGGGCAGAUGACAACCCCCUUCAUCGUAUCUCCCUUCCCUGGGAAUACAAAGGCUCCGUAAUCUUCCUUGCAUCUGAUGCGAGUUCUUUUUGUACUGGGGCCGACUUGCGGGUUGACGGCGGUCACUCUGGUGCGUGGUAGCAUUCUCGUUUCUUUUCAUUUUCUUUGGGUCUUCUGGGAUCAUGGGACUAGCGUACAUUCUCUGUAAUUCAUUACCACUGUUCCUUGAUAUAGAAUGCCGCAAAAAAGCCGAUACUUUUUUAAGCGUUUCGCUGCCUUGAUGGGGUCUCGAUCGUAAUACACG